AUGGGUAAGAAAGGAGGGAAGAGAGCCUCAAUGGCAUUUCUGUUUACUACUGGUGCUCUUCUGCUGGUAGUACUAGUCUCUUUGAGUUUUGCAUCUCUCGCUGAUGCAGGUAGGAGACCACCACCACCAAAGAAGCCAAUUACAUAUGUGUUUCCAACACCACCUAAGAAAUCACCACCACCAGUACCAAAGAAGCCACCUCAUUAUGUGGCUUAUAAACCACUAAAAAAGCCUUUGAAGCCAAAAACUCCUCCACCACCAUAUCAGCCAGACCUUACCUCUGCCAACUUGGGGUUAUCACCACGUGAUCUUAAAAAUUUUGGGGACCUAAUUGGCGCUAUUACUGGAUUAGUACCACCAGCAAAGCCAAAGCUUCCACCGACGCAUAACUAA